AUGGUCGACCGACAGUCGACUAUCCACAGCUUACACAGCUUGCUGGGGAAACUCGAUGACCCUGAUCCAGAUAUUCGUUACAUGUCCCUAAACGAUGUCUUUGGUAUCCUGAGUUCGCCAAAUUCGCUCUUCUUGCUCAACGACAAUGUGACGUCUGCGAAUCUGGCCAAUGGUCUUUUGAAAGCUCUGGAAGACCAGCAUGGAGAGGUGCAGAAUCAAGCUUUGAAAUGUCUUGGUCCUUUAGCAGGACGGCUUCCAACAGAUAGCCUGACGCCGCUCCUCGAACACAUUGCCGACCUAACCAAAUCAUCCACCAUCGACAGCUCAGUUCCCAAUACUGCUCUUCGAAUCAUAGUAUCAUCUCUCCCUUCACCGAGAUCAGCAGGUGCGGCGAAUGCUGACGCAACCGCAACGUACGCCGCAGUCUCAAGAGUCCUCCUCCCUCGACUCACCGGCGAGAAACCGAAGACCCGUAGAGGCUCUGUCGUUCAAGGAAUGCUCGAAAAGGAUGCAACAAAAGGCUACAGCAGCGAUGCUAUCGAUGUUGUUAUUGAACUGGUCAAUUGUUUCGGUUCGCUGCUUAAAGAAGCUGAAAUUAUAUCUCUGCAGAAAUCAAUCAUGGCCAUCAUCGAGAAUGAUACAGCCGGAACUGUGGUUACGAAACGAGCCCUUACUGCAACUGCAGCUCUUGUCGUUCACUUUUCCGACGCUCAUUUGAGUGCCUUUGUAUCCGAAUUGAUUGAGAGUUUCCGCUCGACACACUUGACGAUAACGAGACGUCGUCAUCUUAUUGCAACCGUUGGCGCCCUCUCGCGUGCGGCUCCAUCAAAGUUUGGUCCGUAUCUCAAGACACUGGCUCCGUUUGUCCUUGCAGCAGUCAGUGAGCGAGAAAUGGACGAGAUGCGACAGGAUGACUCGGAUGAUGGAGAACACGAUCCUCAAGCAGAUGAGCUUCGUGAGACUGCAUUUAUUACGUUAGAAGGACUGUUAUCUUCAUGCCCACAAGAGAUGCAACCGUACCUCACAGACUCUUUGAACGCCGCAUUGAGAUACAUAAAGUAUGAUCCUAAUGUCGCAUUCGAUGAAGACGAGGAGAUGGGUGGUACGCAGGAUGAAGGCAGUGAGGACGGCGCAACUGAGGAGCCGGAUGAAGCAGAUGAUGAAUUUGAAGACUUUGAGGAUGAAGGUGGCUACAGUGACGUUGAUGAUGUGAGUUGGAAAGUACGACGCUGUGCAGCGAAGACUCUACAUACAAUAGUCUCUUCUUACGGCACUGGCCGGUUGUUGGAGGACGGUACACUUUAUAACCAAGUCGCACCUGCACUCAUAUCACGCCUUGCCAGGGAACGGGAAGAAAGCGUGAUAUUGGAGGUCGUUGUCACAUUCACGGCAUUGAUUAAAAGGUCCAGUGAGAGUCUGACUGUGGCCGCGUUAAACGGGUACAGGGAAUCCGUUGGAGGAUCAAAGAAUUCAAGGAAACGAAGACGCCAGGACAGCUUUGCUGGAAUCAUUGAUUUCGAGCCUAGUAUGGGAACUUCUUCCGCAAUUGAUACCCCUGUCGCUACCCCAAGUCCUCCGGAAUCUGGGCCCCAGGUCGAAUUGCUCCUAUUGCUUCCUAGUCUGAUCCAAAACCUGGUCAAAAUGUGGAAAUCAGCUACUGUGGCUUUGAAACAGGCUGCUAUCGUGCUGUUUAAGAGUUUAGCAUUAGCACGUUACAGUAUUCUAAACGAGUAUCUUCAAAAGAUUGAAGACCCGAUCGCUGAUGCGCUCAAAGCGAGCACAAUGGGCGGCGCCAUUACAGCCGGUACGGCGGUCAGCGUUGCGACUCUGCAAAUAGAAACGUUAUCUCUGAUCGGCGCAAUUGCCGAAACUCAUGCCUCAAAUACGCUUCUGCCGUUCCUCAUUGCAUUAAUACCAGGCGUCAUCACGGCUGUUAGCGAUAGAAACUACAAAGUCGCUAGUGAAGCCCUUGGAGCCAUCGAAUGUAUUAUCAAGGCUCUCACUCCACCGCGCGUAUCUGGUACCGAUGCCGGUAACUUAGGUCCACAGCUACAGAAGCUUUAUGAUGUCGUUGUUUCACGCAUUACCGACACCAGUGCUGAUCUCGAAGUCCGUCAAAGGGCUAUACAUGUGUUUGGGGUGUUGCUAGCUCGUACAUCUGGUGAUGUGGGCCGUAAAUUCGUUUCUGAGACUCUUCGGUUCCAAGGACUCGAUAUUUUAGGAGAUCGGCUCAAGAAUGAGACCACACGAUUGGCUACUGCACGCGCUAUCGACGAUAUCGCAGUUCUAGCCACUAGCGAAAAAGAUGUGAACUCUACAUGGAUCACACAAGUAACCAGUGAGCUUGGUGCUCAGCUUAGAAAGUCUGAUCGAACGCUUAGAAGUGCUUGUCUUGAGGCUCUCAGGAGCUUGGCAAUGAACCCGAACACGAGGGCUCAUUAUGAUGAAGAGACAAUGCUGGAAGUUGAGAAAUCCUUGUUGCCAUUGAUCGCUCCCGAUGACUUCCACCUUCUAGCUCCUGCCCUGAUCAUAUUAGCCAAGCUCAUACCAAGUCACGCAAAGACUUUGGUCACAGAAGAUUUGAUAUCCGCUUUGUGCGCUAUUGUUGCUGUUCCCUUGAUAGGAACUGUACUCAAAGCACUGCUCCUACUCGUCAAGGUCAUUGGGGAACAAGAUGCUGGUGCUGAUCUUAUGAAACGACUUCUGCGUGAUGUCGGGAUCAAUGGCGAUCCUUCAGUUGUUGGGCGAGCAAUCGGCACCUUGCUCGUACAUGGAGGGCCGAAACUGGGAGUGAAGAUGGAAGACUUUUUGGCCGAGUUGCAAACUGCACAAGAUGAUCAGCGCAAAUGUCUGGCACUGGCUAUCUUAGGCGAGGUAUCCCUCCGCAUGGGACCGUCUUGCCCUAUCAAACCGGAUCUUUUUAUUUCAAACUUUGAUGCCAGAUCGGAUAAGGUCCGUUUGGCCGCUGCUAUUGCACUUGGUAAUGCUGCGGCGAGUAAUAUCAAAAUAUACAUGCCGAUCAUCAUUGAGGAUUUGAAUAAAUCAAAGACUUCAACUUACUUGCUACUACACUCCAUAAAGGAGAUUCUUCACCACCCUGAGCGUGUACGUGAUGAGAUUGCGCCGUUUGCCACACAACUUUGGCAGAUUCUGUUGGAGGCCUCCGAAAAUGAGGAUAAUCGUGUCGUCGGUUCAGAAUGUCUUGGUCGACUUGCUCUGCUAGACCCGGUUUCUUAUGUUCCCCACCUACAAGGAUAUCUGUCUAAUCAGAAUCCUACCAUUCGUGGUACGAUCAUUUCGGCAUUCCGCUAUACUUUAUCCGAUUCCAGUGCUUCUUAUAACGACGUCUUACGACCAUUGAUUGUACCUCUUCUGGUGAGCAUGUUAAGCGAUCACGACCUUGGGAACCAUCGUCUGGCCUUGACUACAUUGAAUUCAGCUAUACAUAACAAGAUGGAUAUCAUUUACCCACAUCUUGGUGAAUUAAUGCCAGCUGUUAUUGGCGACACCCAUGUCAAGCCUGAACUUAUUCGUGAAGUGCAGAUGGGUCCGUUCAAGCACAAGGUCGAUGAUGGUCUUGACCUUCGCAAAACUGCUUAUGAGACUUUAUACGCCUCUUUGGACGCGGCCCUGAAUCGGAUCAACGUUCCAGAGCUUUUUGAGCGAAUCCUAGCGGGUCUCGACGAUGAACAGGACAUUCGAACUUUAUGCAAUCUAAUGACGGCUAAACUCAUUACACUGGCACCUGAAGAAGUGCAGCGGCAGCUUGAUGCAUUGUCAGAGCACUAUACAACAGUGCUCACAUUCAAACCAAAGGAAAAUGCCGUGAAGCAGGAAAUUGAGAAGGCGCAGGAAGCAUCCUUGGGUAUUUUGAAGAUAAGUCGCGACCUUGACAAGACAUUUCCCGCAGCUGAAAUUGGGGGUGAGCAUCUCAAGUGGAAGUCGUAUGUGGAUUGGAUUCGAAAGAGUUUCCAACCGCAGCUUCGCAAUCUGGAUGCUGAAGCAUGA